AUAAGUGAGCUUUUUUUUUUUCUAUUGCUGUGUCAAAAAUAUAGCCAGUAUUGUAUUCAGAAGGGCUAAUGAGUGCAAUUUCAGCUUCCUGGGGCUUGACUCUCACUACUCUUUGAUUUGUUUGGAAAGCUGUACUUUUUAUUAGGCCAUCUUUUUUUGGAGGGUUUUGUAGCCGCAUUCUGCAGGCUCACCGACUUGCCACAUAUAUCUUUUUCUAGUGUGCUUAAGACAUAGGAGUGGAAAUCAGAAAGCUGCAAAAAAGACUGGCCUGGCAUGGUGGCUCAUGCCUGUAAUCCCAGCACUUUGGGAGGCCAAGGCGGGUGGAUCAGCUUGAGGUCAGGAGUUGGAGAAAGCUGCAGAAUAGGAACCUUAGCUUGUGAGAAGAAAGUUGUACCUGGAAGGAUUGCCAUCUAUCAAUAAGAAGUAAUUUUGUAAGUUGAGUCAAGGAUCUAAUAAUCUAUUAUAUCUGAAAUCUGGGAGCUAAAUUGGACUGAUUAUGGAGGUUAGUUGGGUAUUUUUCCACUUUUGACUAGUCAGUAGAAACUCCACUUUGAAUUAACUUCUUGGGACUGAGUACAAGUUGAGUUGCCCACAGUGUUUUGUUCAGAAAAUAAAAUUAUGUUGUUAUUUAUAUAUUUUUGACAGGGUCUUACCCAACCUUGACCUAGUGGGUUCACCUCAGCCUUCCAAGUAGCUGGGACUACAAAAGUGUGCCACCAUUCCUGGCUAACUUUUGUAUUUUUUUGUGUAGAGAUGAUGUUUGCCAUGUUGCUCAGGCUAGUCUUGAACUCCUAGGCUCAAGCCAUCCUCCUGCUUCAGCCUCCCAAAGUGCUGGAAUUACAGGUGUGAGUCACUGCACCCAGCCAAUGACGUUAUUUUUAAUGCUGAAAAUGCACAUUGAUGACAUUUGGUGACAUAUGACGAACAAGGGGUACUCUGAAAUACCCUUCUAAAAGAGACGAGAAAUUAAAAGCUGGUUGGUUGCAAUGAUGUUGUCCACUGGGCAUGUACUGACCAAUGUGGCAGGUCUGAGAACAUAGCUGAAGCUGAAAAUAGGAAAGCUGGGGGCAAGGAAGAGCCUUGAAUCUUGAGGUGGGACGUUGACUCUAAGAUGUCCUUGAGCAGUGGAGCCUCCGGAGGGAAAGGAGUGGAUGCAAACCCGGUUGAGACAUACGACAGUGGGGAUGAAUGGGACAUUGGAGUAGGGAAUCUCAUCAUUGACCUGGACGCCGAUCUGGAAAAGGACCAGCAGAAACUGGAAAUGUCAGGCUCAAAGGAGGUGGGGAUACCGGCUCCCAAUGCUGUGGCCACACUACCAGACAACAUCAAGUUUGUGACCCCAGUGCCAGGUCCUCAAGGGAAGGAAGGCAAAUCAAAAUCCAAAAGGAAUAAGAGUGGCAAAGACACUAGCAAACCCACUCCAGGGACUUCCCUGUUUACUCCAAGUGAGGGGGCAGCUAGCAAGAAAGAGGUGCAGGGGCGCUCAGGAGAUGGUGCCAAUGCUGGAGGCCUGGUUGCUGCUAUUGCUCCCAAGGGCUCAGAGAAGGCGGCUAAGGCAUCCCGCAGUGUAGCCGGUUCCAAAAAGGAGAAGGAGAACAGCUCAUCUAAGAGCAAGAAGGAGAGAAGCGAAGGAGUGGGGACUUGUUCAGAAAAGGAUCCUGGGGUCCUCCAGCCAGUUCCCUUGGGAGGACGGGGUGGUCAGUAUGAUGGAAGUGCAGGGGUGGAUACAGGAGCUGUGGAACCACUUGGGAGUAUAGCUAUUGAGCCUGGGGCAGCGCUCAAUCCUUUGGGAACUAAACCGGAGCCAGAGGAAGGGGAGAAUGAGUGUCGCCCGCUAAAGAAAGUCAAGUCUGAAAAGAUGGAGUCCCCUGUUUCCACACCAGCAGUGCUGCCAAUACACCUUUUGGUGCCAGUGGUCAAUAAUGACAUCUCAUCUCCUUGUGAGCAGAUCAUGGUUCGUACCCGAUCAGUUGGGGUCAACACAUGUGAUGUGGCUCUAGCCACAGAGCCUGAGUGCUUGGGCCCCUGUGAACCUGGAACUAGCGUCAACCUUGAAGGCAUCGUGUGGCAGGAAACAGAAGAUGGGAUGUUGGUGGUAAAUGUAACGUGGAGGAACAAGACAUAUGUAGGUACACUCCUUGACUGCACACGACAUGAUUGGGCACCCCCAAGGUUCUGUGACUCCCCGACCAGUGACCUGGAAAUGCGCAAUGGUCGGGGUAGAGGCAAACGCAUGCGUCCCAACAGUAACACUCCUGUCAAUGAGACAGCCACAGCCUCUGACAGCAAAGGGACCAGUAGCAGCAGCAAAACCCGGGCAGGAGCCAAUAGCAAAGGCCGACGGGGCAGCCAGAAUUCUUCAGAGCAUCGCCCACCUGCCAGCAGCACUUCUGAGGAUGUCAAGGCCAGCCCUUCCUCAGCUAAUAAGCGGAAAAACAAACCCCUUUCAGACAUGGAGCUGAACUCUAGCUCAGAGGACUCCAAAGGGAGCAAGCGUGUCCGUACUAAUUCCAUGGGCUCAGCCACUGGCCCCCUUCCUGGGACCAAGGUAGAACCCACUGUUCUGGACAGAAACUGUCCCUCCCCAGUCCUGAUUGACUGUCCCCACCCAAACUGCAACAAGAAGUACAAGCACAUCAAUGGACUUAAGUACCACCAAGCUCAUGCCCAUACAGAUGAUGACAGCAAGCCGGAAGCGGAUGGGGACAGUGAGUACGGAGAGGAACCUAUUCUCCAUGCAGAUCUUGGGAGCUGCAAUGGUGCAUCUGUCUCACAGAAAGGUUCUUUGUCCCCUGCCCGCUCAGCUACCCCCAAAGUUCGACUUGUAGAGCCCCACAGCCCUUCUCCUUCAAGCAAAUUCAGCACAAAAGGCCUCUGUAAGAAAAAGUUGAGUGGGGAAGGGGACACAGACCUCGGGGCCUUAUCCAAUGAUGGCUCUGAUGAUGGACCCUCAGUGAUGGAUGAAACAAGCAAUGAUGCCUUUGAUUCUUUAGAAAGGAAGUGUAUGGAAAAAGAAAAAUGUAAAAAACCCUCUAGUUUAAAACCUGAAAAGAUUCCUUCCAAGAGCUUAAAGUCAGCCCGUCCCAUUGCCCCUGCCAUCCCCCCACAGCAAAUCUACACCUUCCAGACAGCCACCUUCACAGCAGCGAGCCCAGGCUCUUCCUCAGGCUUGACCGCCACAGUGGCACAAGCCAUGCCCAGCAGUCCCCAGCUCAAGCCCAUUCAGCCCAAGCCUACUGUUAUGGGAGAACCUUUCACAGUCAACCCUGCCUUGACUCCAGCCAAGGACAAGAAAAAGAAAGACAAAAAAAAGAAGGACUCUUCAAAGGAACUUGAAAGUCCUCUGACCCCUGGGAAGGUGUGUCGAGUAGAAGAAGGCAAAAGCCCAUUUAGGGAAUCUUCAGGAGAUGGGAUGAAAAUGGAGGGACUCCUAAAUGGUUCAUCAGACCCCCAUCAAAGCCGACUGGCUAGCAUCAAGGCUGAAGCCGACAAGAUCUACAGUUUCACAGAUAAUGCCCCCAGCCCUUCCAUUGGAGGCAGUAGCCGCCUUGAAAACACUACCCCUACUCAGCCCCUGACUCCCUUACAUGUAGUGACCCAGAAUGGAGCUGAAGCCAGCUCAGUCAAAACCAACAGCCCUGCAUACUCUGACAUCUCUGAUGCUGGGGAGGAUGGGGAGGGCAAAGUAGACAGUGUCAAAUCAAAGGAUGCUGAACAGUUGGUUAAAGAAGGGGCUAAGAAAACUCUUUUUCCCCCUCAGCCUCAGAGCAAAGACUCACCAUAUUACCAAGGCUUUGAGAGUUACUAUUCUCCAAGUUACGCACAGUCCAGCCCUGGGGCUCUCAACCCCAGCAGCCAGGCAGGAGUGGAGAGCCAGGCCCUGAAGACAAAAAAGGAUGAGGAACCUGAGGGCAUAGAAGGAAAAGUGAAGAACGAUGUCUGUGAGGAAAAGAAGCCCGAGCUGAGCAGUUCCAGUCAGCAGCCCUCGGUCAUCCAGCAGCGUCCCAACAUGUAUAUGCAGUCCCUGUACUAUAACCAGUAUGCCUAUGUGCCCCCCUAUGGCUACAGCGACCAGAGUUACCACACCCACCUUCUGAGCACUAACACGGCUUACCGGCAGCAGUACGAAGAACAGCAGAAACGCCAGAGCUUAGAGCAGCAGCAGCGGGGAGUGGACAAGAAGGCAGAGAUGGGCCUGAAGGAGCGUGAGGCAGCACUCAAGGAAGAGUGGAAGCAAAAGCCAUCAAUUCCACCAACUCUCACCAAGGCCCCCAGCCUGACAGACCUUGUGAAGUCAGGACCUGGCAAGGCCAAGGAGCCAGGGGCUGACUCAGCCAAAUCAGUCAUCAUUCCCAAGUUAGAUGACUCUUCAAAACUCCCGGGCCAGGCCCCUGAAGGCCUUAAAGUGAAGCUGAGUGAUGCCAGCCACCUAAGCAAGGAGGCCUCUGAGGCCAAGACAGGCGCUGAGUGUGGUCGACAGGCAGAGGUGGAUCCAAUACUCUGGUACCGACAGGAGGCAGAGCCCCGGAUGUGGACAUAUGUUUAUCCUGCCAAGUACUCAGACAUCAAGUCAGAGGAUGAGCGAUGGAAGGAGGAGCGGGACCGCAAACUGAAGGAGGAAAGGAGUCGGAGUAAGGACUCUGUCCCCAAGGAAGAUGGGAAAGAAAGCACAAGUGGUGACUGCAAGCUGCCCGCGUCGGAGGAGUCUCGCCUUGGGAGCAAGGAGCCCCGGCCAAGUGUCCAUGUGCCUGUGUCCUCCCCACUCACCCAGCACCAGUCCUACAUCCCCUACAUGCACGGCUAUUCCUACAGUCAGUCCUAUGACCCCAACCACCCCAGCUACCGGAGCAUGCCUGCUGUUAUGAUGCAGAACUACCCAGGUUCCUACCUGCCUUCCAGCUAUUCUUUUUCUCCAUAUGGCAGCAAGGUCUCAGGUGGUGAAGAUGCUGACAAGGCACGAGCCAGCCCCAGUGUCAGUUGUAAAUCCAGCUCAGAGUCCAAAGCCCUGGACAUCUUGCAGCAGCAUGCCAGUCACUACAAGAGCAAGUCUCCCACGAUAAGUGAUAAAACUUCUCAGGAGAGAGAUCGAGGAGGCUGUGGGGUGGUUGGGGGUGGUGGCAGCUGUAGCAGCAUUGGGGGAGCAGGUGGGGGUGAACGGAGUGUUGACCGGCCCCGCACCUCUCCUUCCCAGCGCCUGAUGUCCACACACCACCACCACCACCACUUGGGGUACUCGUUGCUCCCAGCACAGUACAACUUACCCUAUGCAGCAGGGCUUUCUUCUACAGCCAUUGUUGCCAGCCAACAAGGCUCAACUCCCUCACUCUACCCACCCCCCAGGAGGUGAGAAUGACAUCAAGUGCCCGGAUAAAAUCAGCUUCAUGGGCCCGGACUGGCUCACCCAAGGAGGUGCUGAAGGUGCCAUUUAGACAUCAGUUAAAUGGUGUUGAUCAUCCUGUUUGCCGUUUCCUCCAUGACUGAAGGCAGACCCUUGGCUAUCUCACCUCCACCAGACCUCCGGACUACCUGACCCUCCAUCUUCCUCAGGAGCUGGAGAGCUGGUACUUAGCAAAAAUAUUUAUUCUCUCAGCCACAGUCAUGACUGUUGUGGCCUCUGUGGAGAUGAAGGCACGGAAAGCAACCAGGGGAACAUGGCCUCAGCCCAGAGAAGCCACUGCUCUGUUCCCCAAGCCCUUGGUCUGCUGCCAGAGCAGUACCAGCCCCCCUGCCCACCAGGGAGGGACCCCCACCCCCAAGCACUGGGUAAGGUCUGAAGACAGCACAGCAGCCAUACCCCUCACCAUCAUUACCACCAUCACCAGAUUCUGCAUCUCCCUAGUGUUUUGCACCCUGGGAAUUGGCAGCAUGUGGAGGAACUAGAAUCUCAGGAAAGAAAUUGGGGGUUGUUUUCUACGUAAUUGUGAAAACAAGGUCUUCAAAUGUGGAGACUUCUCCCCAUUUACAUGAGCACAUGUAAACGCUCACAACCUAGCCUGGAAAGGAAGACCAAGGCAUCUGCCCCAAUGUGGCCUUGAGCUGCCUGUGAGGCAGGGGGCAGGGGUUCCACCACCAGCACAGGGCUCCCCAGGGACACUGGGAGCAAGCUGGUGCUGGAGCAUGAAUGGCAUCUGUGAAGUAGAACCUGCGUCCCCACUAAGUCCUGCUGCUUCUUAUUCCCCAACUCCUUGCCCUUUUCCCUUCCCUCCUAACCCCUUGGUGCCUUUCCCAGGGGGAUCCCCACACUGGUCUUGCCUCUUCUUUUCCACUGCUUGGCUUUUAAGCCUCAGGCAGAUAAACUAGUAUUCUCCCCAGCAUGGGGAACCUUGGAGUCUGCCAGGUCACCUUAGGGCAAGGCCCAGAAGGCAGCCCCUGGGAGCACCCAGCAGUUCUUGGAGAUGUACUGUCAUCUAGCCAUCUGAUAUCUUCCUCAUUUGGGGCCACAAAUGUAUACAGCCCAAUUCCUCUGUCUACAAGUACAUGAUUUUAUAUAGCUCAGUCUAUAACUUCCUUGUGGGCCAAUAUAAGCUGUGUUUCUUGGUAACACGUAUUUUGUUUGAGGGGCCACUGGCCGUGGGAGGUUAUUUGUUCCUUAGACCCUGGGAUAACACAUCCAAGCCAUUACUUAUUAGAGUCUCAGAAUGUACUCAGUGGAGCUGUGCUUUGAGGCAGCCAACAUUUCUCUGCUCUCCUUAGAAAUGCAGUCUCCCAAUGGAAGCUUUAUGCUCUUUGUACUGGGAAAGUGAGGAUGAUUUGGUAGCUUUAUUGGGGUCAUGUCUUCCCCAAGGUGUGGGGAGCUUUAGCUUACUUGGCUUUUGAGGUAUCAUCCCUCUAUUCUCCCCUCCUAUCUUUCCAUGACCCUCUGGAUUGAGAGAGGUAAAGACUGACAGACACCAGCGUAGGCUGGAAAAGGGAGUGUGUGACCAGAGUGCCAAAAAUGACUAGGAGCCGGAACUGCUCCGACUCAGUUUGGAGAAUGGGUAACGGGACAGUAAGCACAAUGCCCAGUAGUACUUGAUUUCCAAGGACCCUGGAACCCUACACAUGAGAGGCUUAGGGUCACCAUCUGCUCAAGAGGAUCCCCUCUGAUCUACAGGCCUUUCCCCUAGGUGUCUACGUCCUCGUUUUUGUUCAAGUUGGGUUCUGAGCCCUCCCCAAAAACCAUUGUUUUAGACCUCUUGGCAGGGCCCCAAAACAACCUCCCUCAUACCCAUCAUAUUCCUUCUGCCUCCUGCUGCCCUCGUGGGCAGUGCUCUGAGCAGUGACCUCCCUUUCCUCCAUGGAAGUAGCUAGUGCAGACACCUUCACCCCCCCUCACCUGAGUCACCUCAACCAAGAGGGUGACUGAAUUUCGGCCUGAUUAUGCCCUCCUGGAGCUCCUGUGAGGUGGAGCCAAGGGCCCCUCUCUGUUCCUGUUUGUUUUAAAAUAUUGUUGUGUGUUUUGUAUCUGUGGCACUGGCCUGCAGCAUACUCUGUACAUAUUGUAAAGAAACCGUUUGGAGUAAUUUUCUUUUGCAUUGGGCAGGUAUGGCCCUGCAUUCCUGCCGUUUCCACUCGUUCUGUAACAGAGGAUGAACUUCUGUAUUAGCUGGGCAGCCUUGGGUUCUCCAGAAGAGAACAGGUUUUUCUUUUCCUUUUUAAAUUUUCUUCUUAAACAUUUGGCUCUUUGAUCCUCAUAUCCAAGUCUCCCCUGAAGAGUAGGAGCUGCUCAGAAGAGCAGGUGAAAGCCACAAUGGCAGAUCCUGAUGCUUGCCAGGCCUAGUCUUCCCUCCAAAAUAACAUGAAGCAGCAGCUGUGGAGAUUCUUGACAAGUGCUAAGUGAAAGAUUUGCUGUCCACCUCUACAUGGGGAGGAGAAACACAGGUGGGAGCUACCUGUGGCAUCCAUGAUCUAGUCAGAGGGAUGAGAUGCUCAGCAGGGAUCCCCAUCCUAUCCCACCCCACAAAGAAAGGCUGGAAAAAUUUGCUACCAAGGGCCAAGACCACCAGACGAAGCCUGUCUCUGAGCCACCCCUGCCCAGGCCCUCAGACAUUGCUCACUGGGCUUCCCAUCGAGGAGAAGCUGAAGAGAGAGGGGGCCUCAUCCCCAGAUAGAUCAGGCAAGGCUUGGAGAGCUGCUGUUUAGGAUCCACAUCAACUACUUCCUCAUUUUAAGGUAUGGCAGUUCCCUUCAUCCCCUUUUCCUGCCUUGUACAUGUACAUGUAUGAAAUUUCCUUCUCUUACCCAACUCUCUCCACACAUCACAAGGUCAAAGAACCACACGCUUAGAAGGGUAAGAGGGCACCCUAUGAAAUGAAAUGGUGAUUUCUUGAGUCUCUUCUUUCCAGGUUUCAAGGGGCCAUGGGAGGACUUAGAGAGUUGCGAGUGAAGACUGCAGAGGGCUAGGAAAGUAUUGUAUACAGGUUUUGAGGCCACCCAUGUCACUUAUCCCGUAUACCCUCUACCAUCCCCUUGUCUACUCUGAUGCCCCCAAGAUGCAACUGGGCAGCUAGUUGGCCCCGUAAUUCUGGGCCUUUGUUGUUUGUUUUAUUAUUUGGAAAUCCCAGGAAGCUUUCCAGUGAUCUCCUACCAUGGGGCCCUCCUGGGAUCAAGCCCCUCCCAGGCCCUGUCCCCAGCCCCUCCUGCCCCAGCCCACCCGCUUGCCUUGGUGCUCAGCCCUCCCACUGGGAGCAGGUUGGGGCGAGCUGGAGGCCCGGGCUGGAGGGGCAGUGUUGCUGUUCAUAGAUUUUGUUCCAUUGGCGUUGCUCUGUUGGAUUUAAUUUCAGUCUUCCUGAUUCUUCCCUUCUGUAAAGUGUACAUUACCAAGUUCCUUGUUUUUUUAUAUAUAUAUAUAAAUAUAUAUAUAUACAAACUGUACUCUUUUUGCCUUUGUACAUUCAGGCAAGAAGAGAAAAUAAAUCUUUUUAAGAGACAAUCACAAAUCUGUGAGGGCUGCUGGUUAUUUCUCCUGGAGUUUGCUGCUGAGCUGCCUCUUCCUUCCUCCCAACUUUCCUGUUCUCCCUCAGCUUUCCUGAUCUUCCUGGCCCUGCUCCAUAUGCAUCCUCAGCUUCACUUUCCCUGGCUGAUGGCAAGUUGUUGAAUCCAGUGUCCAGACUACCUGCCUUGUAACCCUUUUCUGCCCAGCAUUGUUUUCUGGCUUGGCCAGUGGCUCAGCCCAGGAGCUUUACUCUGUGCCCUGGCCUCCCCUCUCUUCACCUUUAGAUUCCAUUCACCGAAGUGACUUUGGACCCCUGGGUACUCUGGGACGUGUUUCCUGGAGGCCCUGGCUUGGGAAACUCACCUGUGAAACUAUGCAGCUGGGAGCUCUCUGCCUAAGAGUUUGCACUAUUUAAACCUGCCUGGGAGUUAGGACGGAUGGUUUUAGGAAUGACCAGGAAACUACCCCUAAAACUCCCCCUACAUUCCAGCCUCUAGAAUGCUCUGAUCCAGAGCUCAGUGGAUGAUUCCCAGCUGGUGGACUCUGUGGCUACCCCAUCAGAACAAGGGCUAAGGGUUUAUGGGUCAAGAGUAUUUGAUCAGAAUUUUAAAGGGUGGUACACUCUGAAACACAGCCCAACCAAACCAUUGUUUGGCCUCUUUCUCUUUUCCUCUACCUUCCUCCUCCCCCCUUCUUCCCCUCUCUACUUCCUCUUCUUAAUUGGCUUUGGAAUUGAAGUAUAUUUUUAAAUUAUUUGUUGUAUUUAUUGAAUAAAGUUUUUAAUGUCCCUGUUCUUAAA